AUGAAUAUGAAUGCUGUUAGAGAAAGAAAGCCAGAAGAGGAUACAAAAAAGAACCAGAAACAGUUUAAGUUCCCUGGUGCAAAGAAGCACUUUGAUAUUGUUAGAGAGUGUACUACUGAAAUCAACCGAAUCAAGGAUACUAUAGAGAGCACAAAGGACAGACUAAAGGGCAGAAUUGAAGAAUUUAGAAAGCAGACCGGACAAAAGGAACUGUAUGAUAGCAAAGACAAGAUUCAAGCCAACAUAACUGAGCUAAAGCAAGAAAAGAAGAAGCUGAGUGAUGAGGUGAUUCUUGCAAAGAAUGAGCUUAAAGAGCUAUCCCAGGCUGUAGGUGAAGAGAAAAAGAAACUUAACAUGCAAAGCACUGCCGAGCUAAAGAACAAACUCGCUUCAAUCAACAACAGAAUUAUGGAGAAGCCAGUGAAUGUGAAGGAGGAGAGAGAACUUAGCGCAGAAAAGAACCAAAUUAUAAAGCUUCUUUCAAUGCAGGGAAUCUUCAAGGAGAAGGAUGAAAAGAUUAAGGAAAUGGAAGACCAGAAAAAGAAAAAGGAGGCCAACCUCUCUGUUAAAAAACAGGAGCUGGAAAUCCAGAGCAAGCUUUUUGUUGAUAUUCAGGAGAAGAUUGGGGCAAUUAAAAAGACUGUCUACCCAGAAGAUAUAAAGAAAAUGCAGGCUGAUAUUGCAGCAAUGAACGCUGACAUCGCAGCUCUUUCCCAGAAGAGAACCGACGAGUUUGAAACCAUGGGAAAGAAGAGCGAGGAAUUCGACCUAAAGGCCGCAGAGAUCGAACUUGCAAAGAGCAGAAAGAAUGCUCUUGUUGAUCAGGAGACACUUAUCUCAAGUCUACAGGAGGAAAAGGAUAUGAUGGAAAAGAGCCUGCACGGAAACCCUUCAGAGAAGCUGAAGUCCGUAAAGAGUGCUCUUUCUAAAUACGCCACUGCUCCCCAGAAAGGUAAGAGCACAAUGGUUACUCUGCCAAUGCAUCUCGUAAACCAGCUGGUUAUGUUUAGAAUCUCAAUUCCAAAGACUACUGCUGAUGUGGAAAAGACUCUUAAAAAGAUUGACAUGGUAGCAAAGAGCGAAGAAGAAAACUUCCUUUCAAAGAAAGAACAACUUUCAGCUGAUAUUGCCGCAAUUACAGAGAAAAUAAAGAAGGCAAAAGAGGCGCACCAAAAGAUGCCUCGCCCAGUUUUCCCUCGUAUGUUGGAAUAAGUGCAAUUAAUAAACUGGUCUGCCC